AUGGCUCCCGCAGCGGCGUCGGGGGGCAGCACCCUGCCCCGCGGCUUCUCGGUCUUCACCACCUUCCCCGACUUGCUUUUCAUCUUUGAGUUCGUCUUCGGGGGUCUGGUGUGGAUCCUCAUUGCCUCCUCCCUGGUGCCCAUCCCCUUGGUCCAGGGCUGGGUGAUGUUCGUGUCUGUGUUCUGCUUCGUGGCCACCACUGUCCUGAUCAUCCUGUAUGUAAUUGGCGCCCACAACGGGAAGACUUCCUGGGUCACUCUGGACGCGGCGUACCACUGCACUGCUGCCCUGUUUUACCUCAGCGCCUCAGUCCUGGAGGCCCUGGCCGCCAUCUCGAUGCGCAACGGCUACACCUACAAACAGUAUCAUGAGAACAUCUCCGCCGUGGUGUUUUCCUACGUAGUUACUCUGCUCUACGUGGUCCACGCGGUGUUUGCUUUAAUCAGAUGGAAGUCUUCAUAA